CCCACACACCCGCGCACCAUGGCCGACGCAGCGACCGCGAGCGGCUCCGUCGCCGAGCAGUACAGCCUGCUGCCCCGGCUCAUGCCCAACCUCGACCGCCAUCUGCUCUUCCCGCUGCUCAACUUCUCCAGCGACGAGGAUGCCGAGCAGACGCCCGAGCAGAAGAAGCUGCUGCUGGCCCUCCUGAGCCCCACCAACAUGACCGACUUCGUUGGCCAGCUGCACCAGGAGGUCCACGGGCUCGACGAAAUGCCCGCGGAGUUCACGCAGAAGCGCGAGCAGGUGCUGAGCAAGCGCGACGAGCUCGAGGCGGCGACCGCCAAGAUCUCCGAGCUACUCGACGACGAAAACGUGGUGACCAACCUGCGGUCCGACAAGGCGCAGAACCUGCAGUACCUGAAGGAGAGCCACGGCGUCACUCUCGACGACGUGAACCGGCUGUACGAGUUCGGCCAGUUCCAGUACAGCUGCGGUGUCUACCCGCACGCUGCUGAGCUGCUCUACCGCUUCCGCGUGCUGACCACCGACAACGACAGAGAGCGUGAGGCCACCUGGGGCAAGCUGGCCUGCGAGAUCCUGUCCGUCAACUGGGACAGCGCUAUCGAGGAGAUCAACAAGAUCAAGGAGCAGAUCGACACACGCCUGUUCAACAACCCGCUCGCCCAGCUGCAGCACCGCACCUGGCUGAUCCACUGGUCGCUCUUCCCCCUCUUCAACCACGAGCCCGCCCGCGAAUCCCUCACCGAAAUGUUCUUCUCCCCCGCCUACAUCAACACCAUCCAGACAAACUGCCCAUGGAUCCUGCGCUACCUGGCCGCCGCCGUCAUCACCGGCCGCAACCGCGGCCGCAACUCGAAUCAGUACCAGCGCCAGCUCAAGGACCUGGUUCGCAUUGUCAGGCAGGAGGGCUACGAGUACACCGACCCCGUCACCGACUUCAUCAAGGCGCUGUACAUUGACUUUGACUUUGAGGAGGCGCAGAAGAAGCUCAGCGAGACCGAGGAGAUUCUCAAGAACGACUUUUUCCUGCUGGGUGCGGCGGAUACAUUUGUCGAUGCGGCGAGGCACUUGAUUUCGGAGAGCUACUGCAAGAUCCACCAGAGGAUCGACAUCAAGGACCUCUCCACACGCCUCGGUCUGUCGCAAGACGAGGGCGAGAAGUGGAUCGUCAACCUGAUCCGCGACACACGCGUCGACGCCAAGAUCGACUACCAGGCCGGCACAGUCGUCAUGAACCACCCGCCGCAGAGCGUAUACCAGCAGGUCAUUGAGCGGACAAAGGGCGGCUUCUUCAGGACGCAGGUCCUGAGUGCUGCGGUUGCGAAAUGAGCGUGCUGAGCGGAGCGAGCGCUGAAACACAGGAUAGAAGAGCUGGGUGCCAGAAGAGCUGCUCCUGGGGAUGCAGUGGGAUGAUGCAAAAGUCUGGGCGUUUGGGCUGAUUCCAAGAUCAUGACGAGAUGUGUGAAAUGGGAAAAGUUCACAUACUGCAUGGCCACAGGCGUCUGUGUGAGCCUCGCGGCUCUUUAUCUUUCUGGAAGUUAGGACGCAGCAAGAAGCUGUACUAUAGACGCGAAUGAGAUGAAUGAAGAAACACACCAAACAACGUUAUAGUACGAGGCAACGGCGGUAGUCAAUUGACAAUCGCGUCAGCAUGACUGGGUCGAUCAGAUUUGUUCCUGAUACAGCAAUACUG